CGUGGGAAAUACUUCUUUUCCAUUUCAAAGUGCUUGGUAUAGCUGCACAUUGAUGGUUUGAGAAGAAAUACAUGAGUAUUUGAACUUAAGACUGUAGAAAAAGGAGAGAAAGCCAAGAAAAGAAGACGAGUGAGUUGAGUUGAUGUGAAAAGGCAAAGACUAAAGAAGCCAAUCGAGAGGAGCCAGCAGGCCUGUCAGGAGCAGCUGUAGUCCCUCCCCGGGCCGCCGGCCUGCUAAAUGCUGCUGCCUCGCAGGGACGAUGGUGGUGGUGACGGUGUCGGUGACGGUGACGGUGAUGGUGGAGGGCUGCUAAACAUGGCGGCGCUCUCCGAGGAUGGGAGCUACGGAUUAGUUAGUGGCCAGCAGGGCGCUGACAGAGUCACAGUUUUACACGUCAAGUUGACCGAGACGGCGCUGAGAGCCUUCGAGAGUUACCAAAAUAGCACGAAUGUACCCUCUCUGCAGCCAACAAUACAAUUCAAGGGACUCCAAGGGCGCAUUAAAAUACCCAAGACAGAUUCCUCCUCAGAUGCCUCCCACAAUUUUGAUUUCUUCCUGUCCAAUGUUGGCAAAGACAACCCUCAGGGAAGCUUUGAGUGCAUCCAACAGUAUGUUUCGAGCUCAGGGGCCUCUCACCUGGCUUUGUUGGCGACGGUACAGGACAAGGUCACAAUAUGUGCCACCAAUGACUCCUACCAGGUGACCCGGGAGCGAAUGACCCAGGCUGUAGAGGACACGCGUGAACGUGGGACCAAAGUCAUCAAACCUGGUGGCCAGUACAGAGGAAAGCAAGUCCACGUCCGUAAACCAGCACUGUCGGCUCCUGAUGUUGUCCCGGAGCGCAAGCGAUCCACACCUAUCAACCCAGCCAACACUAUCCGCAAGUGCCUUUCCAACAACCCUGUGUCUCAGCGGCCGUUCCGGGAUCGUAUUGUUCACCUGUUGACACUGAGGACCUACAAGAAACUGGAAUUACUUGCCCGUUUGCAGCGGGAUGGAAUCAACCAGAAGGACCGGAACUCCUUGGGGACCACUUUGCAACAGGUGGCAAACCUUAACCCCAAAGACAACACAUUUUCACUGAAAGACUUUAUUUACCGUGAGGUCCAGAGAGACUGGCCUGGGUACUCUGAAGACGAGAAGACCCAGGUGGAGCGGAUCCUUGUUCGCAAACUUGGGCUUCCUCCGGAGGCGCUCACAUCAAACAACUCUCCCAAAGACGGUGUACCUUCGUCCCCGCUGAAGCGCCAGCCAGAUUUUGACUUCAUAGAUCCUUUGGCUCCAAAGAAAGCCCGUAUCUCCCACCUCAGCAAUCGAGGACCAGCCGCAUCUUUACCCUCGUCAUCCUCAGACCGCCGUGAGGAGGAGGAAAGUCCCAGCACUAAAUGCUCGUCCCUGCCCUCCAAUGUCAUCUUGGGCCCUCCCAGCCAUCUACCAAUUCCAUCUCACCCUCCAGCACCCUCUCACCAGCAGCCCAGUCCAGCCUCCAGCUCCAACUCCCCCAGCACCCCCGAAGGCUGCGGCACCCAGGACCUGCCCGUGGACCAGAGUUCCUCCUGCAGGGACCCUUCCCCAAGUUCUUUGUCUUCUGAUAGAGCCCUUCAGGAACGUUACCAGCCCCCCAUCACAGUCACCAGAUCAGCUGCCUCCCCGAGCCUUCCCCCCCGUACCUCACUUACUGUUACCUCGACUGUGAUCAGCAGUCCUCCCUUGCCCAGCUGUGACAACAAGAAGUUCAAAAAGAAGUCCAAAAAGCACAAGGAGAAAGAUCGCCAACGAGACAAAGGGAAACGGACAGAAAGGGGCAGCAACAGUUCCCCAAGCGUGGCCGAACAGACUGUGGAGAGUCUGAAAUCUAAAAAGAGGCACACCGUGGAGGACGAUAGAAGAGAAGUCAAUGAUAAGAAACCUCACAUGGAUCAAGACUCCCCAGAGAAAGCCAAGAAGCCGAGCCAGUCGACUCUUUUCUCAGCCACAAUAGAGGUGCCUGAUUAUGAAACGAAGUACAAGGCGCUGGCGUCCAUGGACCAACGACAGAGCUACAAGAACGACUUCAAUGCAGAGUACGAGGAGUACCGGCAGCUGCACGCCCGCGUAGAGAACAUCACUCGCCGCUUCACGCAGCUGGACUCUCAGUGCCGCAAACUGACACCUGGCACCAAAGAGUAUCAGAAGGUGCAAGAAGAAGUCUUGAAAGAGUACAAAAAGAUGAAAGAACACAGUCCUAACUACCACGGGGACAAACAGCGCUGUGAGUACCUGCACAACAAGCUGGCGCACAUCAAGCGGCUGAUAGCAGACUUCGACCAGCGCCGAGCCCACACCUGUUGUUGAGGUGCCACCACUUCACUGAUCAGUAUUGCCAACGGGGGGCCGGAGGGUCCGACUAGCUCUUAUUUAUGAACAACCUCCAAAAUUGCUGCCUCGCUCUCCCUUUCUUCCUUUCCUUCCUUUCCUUCCUUCGCCCUCCUUCCUUUUCCAACCUUUGAUUCCACAGGCUUCGUUCUGGCCUGACAUGUUCAGAAUCUCUUCUGACUUCCCCUCAUUCUUGGCUUUUCCCCAUUUUUUUUUUCUUUCUUCACUCUGCAGUCCUGUGGAUGUUUCCACCAGUAGGGGGCGACUUGAGGAGUCAAUGGGUUUUGGGGGAAACUCUUCCUAUGUUUGAAGGACUUUAUCUUGCAGGGGGGAAAAAACAUAUUUUUGAGCUUCAGAGAAAUUAUUAUAUUUAAGAAAAAUAAGAGGGAGAUGUAUUUAUUUUGGGACUAGUAGAGCAAAAAAAAAAAAGAGUCCGCAGAUUAAAGUUUUUGUUAAACAAUGCAAAAAACAAAUUACCGUGGGCCUUAUGUGUUCUGACAUUGUGAAGCCAUUUUGCACAUAAGAUGCAGAUGUCAUCUCAUUUGGCAAAGAUACGCUGCUGACAUGAGAACCAGCGGCCAGGGCGUGAGACGCUGACGUGUCCAUGGAUUGUAAACUGUUAUCACGGCCAUGUAGAGGGAAGGUAAACACCCCCUAGGGGGCAGUGUUGCCGCCACCAACAGUGUUUCAUGUCCACGGUGCCUUCUAAGGUGUUUACACUCAAUGUUGGUGGAGGUGUGGUGACCCUUAGUCUAUACAAAGGAACUAGGACUGCCUGGAAACAGGCUGUAUUUGUGUUUGUGUUUGUGUUUGUGUUUGUGUGUGUGUGUGUGUGUGUGUGUGUGUGUGUGUGUGUGUGUGUGUGUGUGUGUGUGUGUGUGUGUGUGUGUGUGUGUGUGUGUGUGUGUGUGUGUGUGUGUGUGUGUGUGUGUGUGUGUGUGUGUGUGUGUGUGUGUGUGUGUGUGGCAAAGAGCGUGGAAGGUGUGUUACAGAUUGUCUGCCUGAAUGGUUGUACUCUGGUGUGCGUGAUUAAGAAGACAACUAAAAAUGUGGAGGGAAAAAAAAAGAAACUUGAAAAAAAGCUGCUAUAGUAUUGGACCA